AUGACCACCUGCACGCCACCCUCCCGCUUUUCCUCGUCCCCCUACAUCCCCCCGGACCGAAUCUUCGAACUAACCGCCCAGUACCUGGACGACCCCAGCCCUCAGAAAGUCAACCUCGGCCAAGGCACAUACCGCGACAGCCACGGCCAACCGUGGGUGCUCCCCGCUGUGACUGCUGCACGCGUCCGCCUGACGGCCACCGGCCUGAACCAUGAAUACCUCCCGAUCCUGGGUCAUCCGGUCUUCCGCACGCUGGCCCCACAGCUCGCCCUCGGACCAGCCCUGCACGCCAGUCUCGCUUCCCAGAUAGCCGUCUGUCAGUCGCUCUCGGGAACGGGGGCAUUGCAUCUGGCCGGGCUGCUUCUUCGACACCUCCACGACAUCCAGCCCCGGCAGGGGCUAGCCAUCCCUGCUCUGCCGAAAGUCUACAUCCCAAGCCCCACCUGGUCGAACCACCACCAAAUCUUUACCUCCCUAGGGUUUGAAGUCGUCUCGCUGCCCUACUACGCCGCAACCACCCGCUCCCUGGCGCUGGAACCCUAUCUCGCCGCCUUGGCCGCGGCGGAGCGCAACAGCGUGGUGAUCCUGCAUGCGUGCGCGCACAAUCCCUCGGGGUGUGAUCCGACGCCCGCGGAAUGGCGGCAGGUCGCGCAGAUCGCCAAAGAACGGAGCCUCUUCCCCCUUUUCGAUGCUGCAUACCUGGGGUUCAACUCGGGAAAUCUUGACGAGGACGCCGCGGCGAUUCGGUUGUUUGCGGGCGAGGAGUUCGGGCUCGAGGUCGGGGUGUGUAUGUCCUUUGCGAAGAAUAUGGGGCUCUAUGGCGAGCGGACGGGGUGCUUUUUCCUCACCGCACAUACCAAAACAGCAGCCAGGAAUACGGAGUCGGUUUUGGAAGUGUUGCAGCGACGGGAAGUAUCGAAUCCACCCGCUUAUGGGGCGAAGAUUGCGGCCAUGAUUCUGGGGGAUGAGGAACUGGGGGAGAUGUGGAAGGAGGACUUGCAGACCAUGAGUGGGCGGAUUCGGGAGAUGAGGGGCCAGCUGGUCGAGGGGCUGGUCAAAUAUGGGGCCCCCGGCGACUGGGCGCAUUUGGUGCGCCAGACCGGGAUGUUUGGAUUUCUCGGACUAGAGGAGGGCGUCGUAAAGGAGUUGCGGGAGGAGGAUCAUAUUUACAUGGCGGAUAAUUCGCGCGUGUCGAUUGCUGGGUUAAAUCCAGGGAAUGUCGAGUAUGUAGCCAGAGCAAUCGCAGAGCGCCUGCGGAAGCGAAAUGCUUGA